AUGGCAAUGAUGAUCACGAGGGAUGUACUUGAGGUCGGAGGAGGCGGCGGCGGAAUCAGCUACGAGGACUGGAGCGACUGCCUCCAGACUUAUCUCCUCUCUCGAGAUCUCCUGCACUUGGUCGUCGUUGACGAGCAGCCCAUUCCCCCGACCGACGGUAAUAUCAGUAGUACUGAAGGACGUUGUUGGCGGCGGGAGAACGCGGCGGCGCUGCACGCGAUCAAGAUCUCGUGCGGCAGCGGCCUUCUCCGGCAGAUUAGGGGGAUCACUUCCGCCAAGCAAGCUUGGGAGGCCGUCGCCACUUUGUAUUACGAUCAGGGUGAGAAGCAGCAGGCAGAGCUUCUGCUUGAUGUUGAUCAGGACCUCAACGUACAAGAGGUUAACCAGCCGGCCGACGAGGACUUGACGGAGCUAGAAGCCUGCAUACGUAGAGGUGACAUAGCCCGACUACGUGAUUUGAUUCGACGAAACCCAGAUUCAGCGACGAGGCGGUUCCCUGGCGGGCGGCGGGGGACCGGCCUGCAUCUGGCGGCUAAGUACGGAGAGGCGGAGGUCGGCUAUGAGCUGAUGCGGGCAAUGAGAGAGGAGGACCUCGAGAUCAAGGACGGUGACGGCUGCACGGCGCUUCACAUUGCGGUGGCGGGAGGCCACCGCCGGAUGGUGCGGGAGAUGGUUUACAGAAAUAAGAAGUUGGCCGCCAUUUUCAGCGGUAUUAUAAGAAGUCAACGGGAAGCGGCGGUCCUGCCGGUGGAAGAGGCCUCUCGGAAGGGCGAUUCCGAACUGGUUAAAUUGCUUUAUAUCGUCACUCCACUUAGGAUGCUGUUUGACGAGAACGACGGCAAGCACGGUGCCAGUGUGCUCAAGUUCUGUAUCCACCGUGGAAUAUGGGGCAUUGCAUUAGAUAUGCUGAGGCAUCGCCCAAGCAUGGCUACAACCAUGGAUGCCAAUAAUUUUAAUGCUGCUAUUCAGUUAUCUCUCAUGUCGACAUCAUUCCCCAGCGGAAGUCCAGUUGUCUUCUAUCUACGAACCUUAUACUCAUAUAUAAGGGUAAGACUACCUGAUCCUUUGCACCCAGAAGAGGACAACUUUGGGAUGAGUUCAUUGAGCAACACCAAACAAACCAUUGAUCGACAAGAGGAGACUUGGUGCCGUAAGUUCAACAAAACCUAUCACUUGAAAAUGGACCACAUGUGUUCUCUCGAACUCCUAACCCUCGUAUGCCAACAUGUUUCCUCAAUAUCAUCGACCCCGGCCGGUUUGAGAAAGCUCGAAGGCCACGGGGUGUGCGAAGCAUUCCACAAGGCCGUGGAGAAUGGGAUCGUCGAAUUCGUUGAGGAGGCAGCGAAAGCAUGCCCUGCUUUGUUGUACAAAGUCGACGACAGAGGCAGGAAUGCGUUCAUGACGGCGGUUGAGUAUCGACAAGAGCAGGUUUUCAAUCUCUUGUAUUCCUUCCACGACAGAGCAGCCAUGUUGUCGUCGGUCGACAGAGAGGAGAACUCGAUGCUACAUGUGGCUGCCAUGUUGUCUCCUUGUGCCAAUCUUUCUCACAUCUCUGGUGCCGCUCUUCAGAUGCAAAGAGAACUCCAGUGGUUUCAGGAAUUGGGACAUCUAAUGGAUCCCAUGUACAGAGACAAGCUCAACUGCACAGGCGAAACGGCAAAGCAAGUAUUCGUGCGGACCCACCUAGAACUGGCAACGGAGGGACAACAAUGGAUGAAAGAAAUGGCGACGGCUUGCAGUGUCGUUGGAGCCCUCAUAAUCACGAUCAUGUUCACCGCCGCGCUCACGGUCCCCGGCGGGAACAAGGACACUGGGCUCCCGACCCUCCUCGACGACUGGUCUUUCAAGAUCUUCAUGAUAUCCGACGCCAUCUCCCUCUACGCUGCGUCCACUUCAGUCCUAAUGUUCCUGGCCAUCCUCACGGCGCGCUACUCCAUGACCGAUUUCCUUAGAUCCUUGCCCACGAAGAUGGUGAUCGGGCUGUCGACGCUCUUCGUCUCGAUCGCGGCCAUGAUGGUGACUUUCUCUGCUACCGUUGUGAUAGUCAUGGACCGGCAGUUGGAGUUCGUGGUUCCGAUGAUAUUGCUCGCUGCCGUUCCGGUAACUCUGUUUAUGUUGCUGCAGUUUCCGUUGCUCAUCGAGAUUGUCAUGUCGACCUACGGGCCGAGCAUCUUCAAUAGAAACUUGAAACCAUGGCUUUGA